AUGGCAGGUUGGGCAGAACUCCCCAACGGUCUUAUUGUUAACAUUGCAAAUCGUGUUAAAGUGAUUGAAGAUUUCAUUGCUUUUCGUGCAGUUUGCACCUCGUGGCGUAUUUCCACUAUAAAGGAGGAUUUUGAUGUGCUUUUUCCCCAAAUUCCGUUGCUAAUGCUGGGUGCCAAAGAUGAAGAUUAUCGAGAAUUUUAUUCUCUUACCAAGAAGAAAGUUUCGCGCAUAUUCCUCCCAGAAGCUAGAGGGUCAGAGUGUUUACCAUCCGAGGGAUGGCUCUGCACUGUGGUAAAUGAUACGGGAGAGAUGAAUUUGUUGCACCCUUUCUCUCGCGAAAAAAUACAACUUCCCUCUCGAAAAGCCUUAUUGACUUUUCAUGAUCUCGCUGCUUUAGACGGACAUUGUUGGAGCUGCGUAGAGAGAGCUGUCUUGUCUGCGAAUCCUUCUCUUACGUCAGAUUAUGUACUCAUGGUGCAUCAUUGUUCCCCUAGCUCUUGUUUGGCGUUUUGGAGACCUGGAGACCUCGAUUGGACUCAUAUUGAUGUUGUUAAGUACGCUGGGAUUGCGGCUUUAAUUUAUCACAAGGGCCAAUUUUAUUCCAUGAGUUACUUUGGAGAAGUUAGGGCUUAUCGAGUUGCAAGGCGUAACACUACUGAUCAACCAAUUGUACAAAUACGAAUUCUAGCUGAGAUGCACUACAUUCAGGGUAACUUGCCUGAUGUUCAGUAUUACUUUGUUGAGUUAUCCGGUGCACUAUUACUUAUCUCUCGAUUUGGCAACAUUACAUUUGAUGACGAUGGAAACAGCAUUUUUUAUACCUUCAAAUUUGAAGUCUCUGAACUAGACGUAAUCAGAGGUAAAUUGAAGAAGGAGAUGAAAACCUUGGGAGAUUCAUCAAUCUUCUUGGGUCGCAAUUGGGCAACUUGCCUUGACUCUAGUAAAUUUAGCGGAAUCAAGCCUAAUCACAUAUAUUUUACCGAUGAUGGGUUUGAAUAUGACAGAGAUGUAGAAGGAGGAGGAGUCGGAAGAGAUAUGGGUGCUUAUAAUUUGGAAGAUGAAGAAAUUGAAUCUUUUUAUCCUGGACAAUCAACAAGUUUAAUCUGUCCACCAGCUUGGGUUAUACCAUCACUAAUAAUGUGA